ACAAACUUAGUAUCCGAAGAAGCCCAUUUCAGGACGCCUUUUCUGGCCCAGGUCCCCGAACUACCCUCAUGAAGGUCUAGGGACCCACGGAUGCAAUGCUACAUCGCUGUCUGCCGUUAUUCCCUUUCAUGUAAUGGAGGUGAAAUUUAUUGCUGCAAUUUACCGGAGUUUUCCAUCGCGGAACUCCCGCGGGAGGGUUGCAACCGCGACAUUGGCAUGUCGUCUGCGACAUUUGCCCAAAUAAGAAUAGUUUAUCAUGAAUAUGAAUAUAGUUGAUAGGAUAUUCCUUCAUCUUACAAGAAGCUUCAUCAGUUAGUGUAAACUCGUACUAGAAUGAUG